UACAUAUGUGUUUAAACAUAUUUGUACAAGAUUCUUACUAGGUUAUUUACUUUCAGAAAAUUAAGCAUGGAUUCUAUGUUGUCAUGAGACGUAUAUUAAACACGCUUUUAACGGUUUUCGAUGUAUUACUGUUUUCGUAAAAAUGAAACUACAAAGGAAGAUUAGGUGUGUGACCUUGAAUUGAAACCGUACACGAGUAUUCCGUAACUUUUCUGAAGAUAAAUUUUCCUGGAUAUAGGGAUGACGUGUGAUAAAAUGGAAGAAGGUGUAACAUACCAAGUUUACAAAAGAGAGAAAAUGAAGGGCAAACCAGUCCAGAUUGUUGUCUCUGGUGAAGAACACAUGUUUGAACUUGAUGAAGAUUCUUUAGAAUCUAUACUACUACAAGAGCACAUUCGUGACAAGCAUGUUGUUGUUGUUGCUGUUGCUGGUGCCUUUCGGAAAGGAAAAUCUUUCCUGUUAGACUUUUGCCUUCGCUACAUGAAAGCUCAGGGAUCACCAGAUUGGAUGGGAGAUGAUGAGACUCCUCUUACAGGCUUCUCAUGGAGAGGUGGUGCAGAAAGAGACACCACAGGCAUUCUCUUGUGGGAUGAAAUUUUCCAAGUCACACUCCCAAAUGGGGAAAAGGUAGCAGUGCUAUUGAUGGACACCCAAGGUGCUUUUGAUAGCGAAUCAACAGUGAAAGAUUGUGCUACAGUUUUUGCUUUAAGUACCAUGACAAGUUCCGUCCAGGUGUAUAAUCUUUCUCAAAAUAUUCAGGAAGAUGAUUUACAACAUUUGCAACUAUUUACUGAAUAUGGAAGACUAGCACUAGAAGACACAAGUGAGAAACCAUUUCAAAAACUUAUGUUUUUGGUCAGAGAUUGGAGUUUUCCCUAUGAAGCAUCUUAUGGGACUGAGGGUGGUCAGAAAAUCUUAAACAGGAGAUUACAGAUUUCAGAAAGACAACACCCAGAGCUUCAACAGCUAAGAAGGCAUAUUCGCUCUUGCUUUUUGAAUAUUGAGUGCUUUCUGAUGCCUCAUCCAGGCCUAAAAGUUGCUACAAAUCCUCAGUUUGAUGGCAGAUUAGCUGAUAUAGAGCAAGACUUCAAAAAUCAGUUGAAAGUUCUUGUGCCAUUACUUCUUGACCCAAAGAAUUUAGUCGUGAAAGAAAUAAAUGGACAUAAGAUUACUGCCAGGGAACUUGUGGAAUACUUUAAGGCUUAUACAAAUAUAUAUAAGGGAGAUGAACUUCCAGAGCCAAAGUCGAUGUUAGAGGCAACAGCUGAAGCCAACAAUCUUGCUGCUGUUGCCAGUGCAAAAGACCACUACUGUUCUGGAAUGGAAAAGGUUUGUGGUGGAGAACGUCCAUAUCUUAACAUCCGAAUACUAGAAGAGGACCAUCUACGACUUCAAGAACAGGCCAUGGAUAUAUUUCGUACCACAAAAAAAAUGGGUGGAAAUGAGUUUUCCCAGUGUUAUCAAGAAAGAUUGGAAGAGGAAAUACAAGAAGCUUUUGAAUGUUUCCAGAAGCACAAUGAAAGCAAGAAUAUAUUUGCUGCAGCACGCACACCGGCCACUCUUUUUGCAGUAGUGUUAAUUAUGUAUUUUUUUUCUGCCAUAUUUGGUAUCCUGGGAGUGUACUCUAUGGCAAACCUUUCCAAUUUGUUGAUGGGUAUUGCACUGGUUAUGCUCUGUACUUGGGCUUACAUUAGAUACAGUGGAGAAAUGCAGGAGUUAGGAUGUCAUAUAGAUGCUUUUGCAAAUUGUAUAUGGGAAAAUCUUCUUCGACCCGUUUACCAGUUAGUAACCACUGACAACUUCACACUGCUGCCAAACUCAACUAUGUUAAAUAAUGAAGCUUCCCCUUCAGUAAAUGGUAGAAAAAAAAAAUCAUAAUGGUUAAACAUCAUCAAUAAAUUUUUGCUCAAUUUAUCAGGAGCAGAAAAUCUGUUUGUUAACGUUAAUUUAGUUGUUUAAGAAAUGGUUUUUGUUUUUGUUUGGGAGUUAAAAACAGGUAUAUCUUAAAGCUUUGCAUUGGCUUGUAACCUCAUUAUGUAUUAUGAUGUUUCCCCCUUAAAGUUCUUUGCAAUAUUUAUAUGUUAUUGAACAUUGAAACACUUAAAACAUCUUUAUUUUUAGUAUCUAGACUUGUACCAUGGAUAACAUUAAUUUAAAAAUAGGUGUUGUAUCCCGACUCUUCCAAGACUUUUAAAUGUUUCUGAUAUCAUAAAAAGAAUGAAGUGGAAACACAUAAUUUUUGUCUUGAUUUGUCAUAAUUCAAUCUGAUAUUGUGAAUCAACUUUGUUCAUGUUUGCAAAACUGUUAUCACAUACACCGUAAAGCGUGUAACUUUUGUACAAGUAAUAAUUACCGUAGUGCCUAAGCCACGAAGUUUUUAAGUUUGGUUUUCAUAACUUCUGAGGUCCUAUUUUUACACUGAACAUUUGCAAAGAGAAAUUGGUGGCUUCCAUAGUUUUUGUGAUGCAAGCGAGUAGUACAAAAAGUGAGUCUUAUACAAUGUAGGUGAACAUGUUUUUGUAAUGAAUUUGUUUAAAAUCCAUAAGACACUUUUCCUGUGAGAUAUAUAUAUAUAUCUAGUUUCUUUGUAAAUCAAAUACAAGUGUAUCAGGAAAUCAGAAUAGUAGCUUUUAUAAUUGUUAAGGUUCUGUAUUUUCAUUUAAACAUUGUGUAAAAUAUCUUCAGUGAGUUUGUUAGUAAAAAUUGUCAAGUUACAAGUCAGGUGUAAUUAUACACUGUGCUGAUGAUUUAAUAAAAUUUAUAUAUAUGUAUAGAGAUAUAUAUGAAUACAGUAAAAUGUAUUGGGUAGGUAUAAAAAUAUUUUGGCCAUUACUAAAGCCAUGUGAUCCACUUUCAGAUAUUGUAAUAUCAAUUAUAAAGUGGACCAAGACUGCCUCAUGUCAUGAAUUUAAUUUUACAUUUGAAAAAAUUUUUGUGAUGUAAUGUACCAUUCCUUUCAGUAUGUAAUCUAACAAUCCCUUAAAAUGCUAGGUAUGAGAACAGAUGUGAAAAUAAAAGUAUAAUAUUUUACAUAAAAAAUAUUUUUUAAAAUUCAUGAAUGUUGUUGAAUUUUAUAUCUCUCAAAAUAUUUGUAAAAUUGUCAUAUACUGGAGAUACACAAAAAAGGUUUCUUUGGAAUUAUGGUAUCACUGUGUAUUUCUCAGGUGUUGUUGCUGUGUGGGAAUAGUGUUACUGUAGUAAUAAGUACAUAUAAAUAAAAAUGUUUUCUGUGAGCAGUAACCAUUUGAUAUUAAUGUACAAAGUUCUGUCAUUCCCUAAAAUACUUGUCCUAUAUUGCAUAUUAAUAAGGGUACUGUGAUAGUGACUUUAUGUAAAUUUUACUCCAAUUAAGUGCCAUCAUCUCCCAGUUUUUGAAACAAAAAGUAGUUUUCUCCCAUUUCACAAGUAUCAUCUUGAGUUGGACAAUUUUUAACCUAGUUCCAGAAGAUGUUUCACAGUUAUUUCCAGAUUUUCUAGCAUUCUGUCUUUGUUUUCAAUAUGAUUCACUUAAAUUUCAUUCAUUGACUUACAUCCAGUUUUUUAAGUGUACUGUUCAGCAGGUUAAUAUAACUAAAGAUAAUUAGUUUUCUUCAAAUCUAGAUGAUUCAGAAAUGUGGCUUGUUUGAUUAACAUUUUUAUUCUUUAUUGAUGUGGCCCUCAGUAGCUCAGUGUUAAGUUUCAGAGCUUAUAAUAGUAGAAUCUGGGUUUCAAUCCCUACAGCAGACACGGUAUAGAUAGCCCAUUGCACAGCUUUGUGGUAAAACAAACUAAUGAUAAUAAUGAAUUCCACCAAACAUUUAUUAACAUUUAAAUACAGUCAUCUUUUUUUUUUAUUCAUGUCUCUUUUAAAGGACUUGUAACAAUUUUGAAACUUAAAACUAUACAACAACAUUUCACUUAUUCAACAAAAAAUGCAUGUUGAUGCCAUGCAUUCAUCUUCAUACAAAUUUCAGUGAAUUAAAACUCGCUACUAUGAUUAUCUGGUAUAAUUUCAUUAACACUAAAAGGUUUUAAUCUUUUACUUAUAAAUAACAUGCUGUUCAUUUAAACAUGUUUAAUCCAUUAAGUUGUAGAACCACAGUUUUACUCACAAUAAGCAGUAUUCUUUGCUAUGCAUACAAGUGUAAAACUUAAACCCUCCUUUCUUAUUGUAAGAUCCUAGAAAAUUAAGAAGGUUUCAGAAAGUUUGAUUAUAUAUAAAUAUCAAGAAAGCCAUUGAUGUUAAAGCUUAAUUCUUUUUUCUCUAAAAGUCAUCAGAAUUACUUGAGUGUUUAAAAACAAGGUAUUAAAAUGUUAUUUACUGAGCAUAUUUAUUAUUAAAGUUAAAUUUAGGUAUGUUAAUACUAAAUAUGUCUAAGGUAAUGAAUGUUGUUAAAUUUUGAAAAUUUAAUUGUUUCUAUGAUAAAAUUGUCAGAUAAAACUGAAUAUUUUAAUGUAUAAAAUUUCAUAAAAUGGUUCUGUUAGAUGUUAAAUGGUAACUUGUUAGUAAAUGUUCCUUUUGGGAUAUGCAUGGAUAGUAUUGGCUGUAGUAUAGUACUGUAUAAAUGUACAGUUUUAAUUUUUCAGUAACCCACUGAAUUUCAGGGAGAGUUGGAAAAUAAAUUCUUUUAUUAACACAAA